GAGAGAGAGAGAGGGUGAAUUGAAAGGCAGUCAGAGAGGAGGGAGGGAGGAAGGGAGCAGAAAGAAGUGGAGGGAAUAGAAAAAGAGCAGUGGUGGGUAUGAAGGGGCAGUGAGAGAGAAAUCAGAGAACUAGGAGAGAGAGAGAGAGGGAUAUGGACUAGAGAAAGAAGUAAAGGAGGAGAGAUAGAGCAUGGAAACAGAGAAAUAGAGAGAGAGAAAUAGAGAGAGAGACAGAGAGAGAGGAGAGGUAAAGGAAGGAGACAGAGUGAAUGACAGCAGAGACAACUGGGAGAGACAGAAUAGGAUUGAGCAAGAUUGAGCAAGAAUGAAGGAAAGAAGGAAAAACAAGGAGUGAGAAAGAAGAAAGAAGGGAAAGGAGAGAAAGACUUGUUUAGAAAGAAAGAGUGACAGAACGAGAAAGAAAGGGGAAGAGGGGAAGAUUGAGAGAUUGAGAGAGGAGGAAGAAGACAGAUAGAGAGUAGGUAAGGAUAGGGAAGAGAGUGUGGGAGAGAGAGAAUGGGAGAGAAAAAAGAGGAAGUAAUAGUGAAGGAGAGAUAAAGAAGGGGAAAAGAGAAAGGGGAGGGACUAUUAGAGAGUGUGUGAGAGAGAGAGAGAGAGAGAGAGAGAGUAGAACAGGGAGAGAGACAGACAGAGAGAUAAGUAGGAAACGAAAGCAAGAAAGAAAGAAGGGGAAUAUAGAGAGGGAGAGAAAGGAAAGAAAGAGGGGGAGUUGAAGAGUGAGAAGAAGGUGACAGAGAAAGAAAAGGCAGAGAAUUACAGAAAGAGAGAGCAAGAGAGCAAUCAAGGAUAAAGAGAGAGAGAGAGACAGAAAGAAUAAGAUUGAGAGGAAGAACAGAACAGAAGAACAGAAGCUGCACUGCUGGUUUAAUUUUUUUAUUUGCACAAUAAUCUAGGAUAAAUAAUCUUGGGGAAGUCAGGGCCAGCACCGGGCAUGGGGGCGUCUCAAGAGGAGAAGAGGAGCAGGGGACACUCUGCUGACCUACACACCCUGCUGGGGGUGUCCAACAGCCCCCAACACUCAGCCAAGACCACCAGAGAUGACCAGAGAAGGACCAGUGACCACUAACAAAGCUUUCUUUCAGCUGCUGCUGGACGGUGGUUCACUUACACCCCCCCGCACACCCAGGCUGAACCGGACACGGGAUCGUCCGGUCCGGUCAGUGUGUGAUGUUGUGGACAGUGCGGAGCGUCCCGGGACUGGGCCGGGGGGGCACCGUGCUCAGGUGGCUGCGGGGCAGAGUGUGUCGGCGGGGGGUGCUGAUCUUCGCCCUGCUGUGGCUGGUCUCCUGGCUGUCCCUCAGUGGCCUGCUGUUCGUCCACAGGAGCAUGUUCUCUGACCUCUGCACCGACCACAAGAGCAGGAGGAUCCUCCAGAGAGUGUGUGAAGAAUAUCAGCAGGGUGUGCUAACAGGUGACCUGUGUGAGGACCUCUGCGUGGGGGGCCAUGUGGAAUACAAACGCUGCCUCUACUACGAGAACGGCAAGAAGGUGAUGGCAGCCAGUUGGCGAGGGAUGCCGGUGGUUCUCAAGUCAAAGCUGGAGAACUUCUCGUCCUAUGAAGCUUUAGCUCUGCUGGAGUAUCAGGACGGGCCAGUAGGCACAGGAGGGGGAGAGGAGGAGCUUUCACCACUGGACGUGGUCUUCUAUGCCACUCUGGAGAUUAAGAACUCACUGGGCCUGGAGGCGGAGACUAACCUGACCCUGCCGCGGUUCUGGAGCCAGCGGCUGAAGGAAAGAGAGCAGCCGUACACUCGGGCUGAGCUGGCCUCGCUCUGGGCUCUGCUGCAGCAGGAGGAAUACACCUUUCUCCGCGUGAUGCAGGACCUCACGGACCACGUUGCCAAAGUGCUGGGCUCCUGCGGUCAUUUUUACGCAGUAGAAUACCUGGCAGCGGGUCAUGCCUGGGACCAGAAUAUCUUCUCAAUGGACGAACUUUCUCAGAGCCCACAGGAAGGGCCAGAAAGGACGUUGAUGGAGGUGGACAUGGUGCCCAGAGUGGCCCUCAGUUUCCUGGACAUGGUUGCGCACUUUGAGAAUGACUUUUCUCAUCACUUACACCUCUGCGACAUCAAGCCUGAAAACUUCGCCAUCAGGAAGGACUUGACGGUGGCAGCUAUAGAUGUGGACAUGGCUUUUUUUGAGCCCAAAAUGCAGGACAUUCUUGAGCAGAACUGCACUAAUGACAAUGACUGUAAUUUCUUCGACUGCAUCUCCAAAUGCGACAUGAAGAGAAACAAGUGUGGAUCGAAACGCAAAAACAGCAACCUACAGGUGAUCUGUGAGAAGAUCUUCCGCUCGUGGUUCUCUCCCACGCUACUGGGGGACAAGGCAGAGCGCCCCCUGCAGGUGGAGCUCCAGCAGGCCGUGCAGGAUUGCGUGGAGACAGAGGGAGGGGAGGAGGUGGAGCGUGCCCGGAUAAUUAGGCUGAAGCUUCGGAGGCUUCUCAUGCAGCUCAUCCAGGAGGAGCUCACCAAUCAGCAGAGUCAAAAGCAGGCGCGAGAAACGCACCACGUCCACACAGCUCUGAACUUCUGAGCUUACACUGGUUGUGCUCUGGUCUUUUAUUCUGGUGUUUAUUCUGAUGAAACAGGAUAAGAGACUAAAUCAACGUGCUAUUUUUUAUUUUUAUGGCAAAAGGUACUCAGUUUGGUUGAAAGUUACUACUAGACAUGCUGGGCAUUACAGACGCAUCAAUAAAAUGAUGCUUAAAGAGCAGUGGUCGAUAUCUUCCUUGUGAAAAAAAAUCUGUUUUCCCACGGCUUAUUUCACACAGUUUACAUUAGGACUGGACUAUGUGUUCCUAUAUAGCUUUAAUGUCUUCAAUAUUAAAUUUACAAUGUAAAAACAAAUAAAAAAGAAUGAAAACCUA